AUGAACCGAAACGUUCGUUUCUCAGCGUGCGUUCGCAGACAUCGCGACAUGUCUUGGUUGAGCAAAGAUGUUAUCUUUCGCGCAAUACCCGAUUUUGUAUUUUUGUCCGUGGUGACAUCCCUCGCUCUCAACACUACAGUUCAGCUUCGACUUCGUGAUGAACGCAAUCGUCAAUUUAUGAUUCAGCGUGAACUUCUUAGAAGGUUGCGCGAUCAACUACGUAUUAGCCGGCGGCGCACAUUAAGUGAUACACCGAACAUCUGCAAACAACUAGUCCUUGCUGGACUAAGACCGUCUGACUAUGGGUUCGAGGGUAUGGCUGUAAAAGAUGCGGAAGAGACCACCAAAGUGCAUCAUCCCCAUCUAUCUUGGUACGAAGUCUUCUUCACCGGCAGGGCGCUUUCGCCGGCCGUGAAAAUCGAACCUCAGGACUUUGGGUCAGAGCAAUGGGAACAAGAUUUUUUAAGGAUGCUCGAGGAGUUAGACAAGGCGGAAGCACAACCAAAUGCGUAG